CAGCAUCUUGCUAUUAGGUCUAGAUAAUGUGUUCUGAGAGUCAAACAUUCUACACCUUUGCUUAAUUUUGCAUAUGUAAGUUAUUAGCUUUGAAGAAGAUGUAUCAUAGCAUCAGUUUCCCAUAAAUUGGUCAUCUUUGUUCCACCUUAAAGGCUUGUCAUUGCAUCUUCUCAUUGGUGUCUUUUCCUUAAUAUAUGUUACUCCCUCUGUCCUUGAUACAAUCUUUGCCUUAAAAGCUGUGAUCUAAUAACCAAAUUGCUAUCCCAUCUUUCUGUUACACCAGUAUGACCUGGCAUGUCGCUCCCUGUGCCUUUAUUUCCCAGGUAUGUGCAUCUCUUUGUGGUAAAUUUGUCUCCUAGAAAGUCUAUUUCUAGACCUUAUGUUUUCCACCAAUUGGAAAGUCAUAUAUUGUUUAGUAUGAUCAACCCACUCACGCUUAUCACAGAUGCGAUAUAUAUCCGGGCUCAAAACUGCCAUUUUGUUCAGUAGUCUGUAUUUACCAUACUUUCGUUUUCCUUUUAUCCUGGCAGAUUGGAUUUUCUAUUUUUUUUUAUGACUCCAGUUAUUAGAUGCUGGUGAGGAAUAUAUAAUUCAGAAGGUCUCUACUUUAGGGUUGAGAAAUUAAUUUCAUGUUCAAGGUCCUUAAGAGCACAAUUCAGAUUGGUUGGAUAAACUUGAGGUGAAGAUCUUUCCGAUGCUGCCGAGGCCCUGUUUCCGCCAACAGGAAGGCAGGCGCGGAGCCGCCGCGAGGGGGCGCGGAGAGCGCGGUGCUGCGAGAGGUGCCCAUGGCGUCCCCAAGCGUGCCCUGCAGGGGUGGAGGCUCCAUGCACGUACUGGUCUGGAUGCUGGUCCUUUGGCUCCUGGUCCUUCAUACUGAGCUCAGUGAGGGUGACAGCCCCAAGGAGGAUUCUGCAAUGAGUCUGGCAAUCCCAGCGGCCCCCUCAGCUCCAGGACACCUGAAAUCCCGGAAGUUUCCAGUGCCCACUGUAGCUCCAAGGCCAGCUGCAGCCACAGUGGGGGCGGCUUUCGAAUCCAGCCAGACUUCCGUAUUUGAAGGGUUGUCUCUUAAAGGAAGAUGUAUCCAUCGAGAUAUGAGGAUAAUUGAUGGAAUGCCAGCCCCGAAAAGAAGGUGGCCCUGGCAGGUGAGCCUGCAGACGGGAGGAAUUCACAGAUGCGGAGGUUCCCUCUUUGCCCCACGGUGGGUGCUGACUGCAGGUCACUGUGUAAAUAGCUAUGAGAUAUACGAAGUGAAGCUGGGAAGUACGUGGUUACAUGCAGAUUCCCCAGAUGCAGUGGUCGUUACAGCCAAAGACAUCUAUCGCCAUAGUGGGUAUAAUCGGACUGCUUACAUUCACGAUAUUGCCGUUAUUAAGUUGAACUCCUCUGUGAGUUAUUCCUCAUCCAUCCAGCCAGUGUGCCUCCCAGAAAAGGAUUUUGAAGUACUACCUGGGACACAGUGCUGGGUGACUGGAUGGGGGCGAACAAUUGAAAACGCAUCAGUACUGCCAGAUGUUCUUCAGGAGACUGAGCAAAUUCUUCUUCACCGCAAAGAAUGUAAUCAGAGGAUACAGGCAAAAUUAAGAGUCCGUCGCACACUAGUUCGAAAAGGGAUGAUCUGUGGCUAUCACGAAAAAAGGAAAAGUCCGUGCAAGGGAGAUUCUGGGGGUCCUCUGGUCUGUGAAUUUAAUGACUUAUGGGUCCAGGUGGGGAUUGUGAGCUGGGGUAUUGCCUGUGGUGCCACAGGAUUGCCUGAAGUGUAUACAGAUGUUACUUCCUACAAAGAUUGGGUUAUUGAUCAAGUUAUUAAGGUGUCCUCCUGUGGCUCAGCAGGCUUCUUUUUCCCACCUCUGUGUCUGGUGCUGCCCUUGGGCAUUCUGGUGACCCCAUGGUUACCUGGCCCACAGCACUCCUGUUUCUGAGUCUCUCAGUAGCCCUGCUUCUGAUCUCCCACAACUACUCAGUGCCCUUUCCUUAAAUUUGUUGGAUUCACUGACCCAGUGGAGAUCCACCUGACAAAAGAGUUGCAGCAAGAGAGGUAGCAGAGAAGUUCUCCAGCCUGGUGCCCCUUUCACUGCCUCAUCCACACCUACACCUUGGCUGUGCUCUGCCUGCCAGGAAGAGGCAGUGAAACCAUCCCUGCAAGAUGGGCAGUCGACCUACCAGGUGGAGCAUGAUUGGUCCUCAACAUCUAUUGGAACAUCUAGCAAAGAAGAGACAGCAUCAAUGGUGAAACAGCA